ACACAACUGCCAACUUGUUGCAGACAUGAGACGUGCUGAUACCCGCUCUCGGUCUAAACGUCCAGCGAACACGCUGAGCUCGGCAAGGAAUACCCCUGCCGCCGGAGACGAAUCGGUUGAGGAGGAAGCGGCGGGAACGUCUUCCACCGCUAGGACCACAGUCGCUCCUAAUGCCCAACUGGCUUCAACGAGACUGCGCCAUGAGCUGCAGAUGGCCAGGCAGAAGUUGGACUGGCAGCAGGAGCUGGUUAAAGACUUGACCAAAGAAAGGGACUUCCUGCUGGAACAACUGGCUAUGACAGCAAGAAAAAAGGACAAGGGCAGUCCACCCCAGGCGAAGAAGUGCCAGUCGCAGGGAGCCGACUCAACCGACUCGUCCAAGUCGGGGCCUGAUUCUUCCCACUCUUCUUCCGACUCUUCUUCCGACUCUUCCUCCGACUCUUCCUCCUCGGAUGAGGGACGGAAGAAGCAGAAGAACAGCAGGGGAAAAGGACGGAAGCAGGGGAAAAGGGCAAAGAACCGGAAGGGGCAAGGUGUUUACCAGCGAGCUAAAGAUCCUGAAGAGGUGGUGGCCCGGUACCGCAAGGUGCUGAAAAUCUGCAGGAAGGGAAGAUCCAUGGGGGCAGCCUUCAAAGCUGUGGGGGUCGACCGCAACACCAUUGUUGUAAAUGCCCCCAUGGCAGAGCUGUGCAUUGCUGCCCCAGAGGCGUAUGCAGAGCUAAAAGAGAGCGCCCACAAAAAGGAGAAGCUCUCCAGUUUUGCACAGAGGUGCAAGGAUGCCAUAGACGUGGACGAAAACAUUGUUACCCGAAUCAAAGAAUAUAAAGACUCUGGCAAACUUUUGCCAAUUACUAAAAAAAACUAG